UAUAUACACGAAGUCCGUCUCUUUCUUCUUCCUUCAAGAACUCUUCCAGCGAAAACGGCCGCCGGAGCAAAACACUAUACGUGAAGCUGUAGGGGUAAUGGCGACAGUACCAGGGCAGCUGAUAUGGGAGAUCGUAAAGAAGAACAACUCGUUUCUCGUUAAGGAGUUCGGUAAUGGAACUCAAAGCGUUCAGUUCAGCAAAGAGCCUAAUAAUCUCUACAAUCUCAACUCGUACAAACACUCUGGACUGGCUAACAAGAAGACGGUAACCAUCCAGCCGGCUGGUAAGGAUCAGGCUGUGUUGCUUGCAACGACUAAGACCAAGAAACAGGGGAAGCCUGCAAGUUUGCUUAACAAAUCCAUUAUGAAGAAGGAGUUCUACCGCAUGGCAAAGGCUGUUUCAAAUCAGGUUGCAGAUAACCAUUACAGGCCGGAUUUGAAGAAGGCUGCUCUGGCUAGGUUGAGCGCAGUGAACCGAAGCCUUAAGGUCUCAAAGUCGGGUGCAAAGAAGAAGAACCGACAGGCUUUCAAGAUUUGUGGCAGGAAAUGAAGCUCGAAUUGCUGGAUAUUUUGAUCAUAAUUAUCUUAUUUGUUAGUGUUUGGUUUGCAUGUUGAUGAACAAUAUUUUGUUAGAAAUUAUCUGAGAAUACAAUUUUGAUGGUCCUUAGCCUGAAUGAUAUCUGCUUAUUUGCUAUAUAAC